AUGGCCCGAUUCUACCCCCUCUAUGUCCGGCGCAGCGACGGGAAGCGUGAGGUGUUGGCGAAAGGCAAGCGCAGCGAGACCAACCAGCCCACCGACGAGCAGCUCGACCAGAAACCAGAUCGCAAUGGCAUUAGCGACUACUACCGCGAGGUGGGAAUUGACGAAUCUAAGCAUCUGGAUUGGCGCAGGAAGUUGGGCGGUAUGCUGGCUCGAGAGUUAGUGUGGAAGGACAAGGAAGCGCAGCAAGACAGUGACGCAGGAUAUAUGCUGGUAGCACUCCCAGAGAACUAUCGCCUGUAUGAGCACGUGAAGAAGACGGUGAAAGAUGGCAAGACGGAGAUCAAGAGCAAGACUCAUGCAGGAGGUGGCAAUGACCGACAAGACGCCUACCUGUAUGGACACCCAGCAGGUCGCAAGAAGAGAUAUCGAAGCCCUGGCGACUUCUUCCCACAUCUGCUAUGGCUCUGCACCGACGAGGGCGGUGAUCCUGACAAUUGUGGCUGCAAGAUCUGCUCGCCAGAGGACUUGGAUGAUGUUGUACCGAACACAAAGCCAAAAGCAACAACGCCUACAUUUAAGGUGGAGGCAGGAGCGAGCGGGACUGGUAUGAUGAGGCUAGGGAGCGCGCAGGGCACGACCAAGCUUAAGCAGGAGGCCGGUGGUCCCGUACCAGUUCAGCAGCGAACACUCACUCCCACUAGACUCGAGCCAGCGAAGUCCACAGACCAGACCAUUGAUCGCCAAUACAACAGCUUCUUCUAUCGGCCGGGCGAGGUCGUGUGGUUCAGUCGUGGUGCGGCCUGGGGGAUUGGUGUAGUUCUACGGCGAUGGAAGAAUAAGGAUGGUCAGAACCACUACUCCGUCCAACCGCUCUCGCAUCCUUUCGGCCACCCGUCUGCCAUGACAAAGACUUCCGACUCCGAGCUGCGUCCCUGGCUUGCCUGGAGUGUCCCGAAAUACACCAAUGAUGGUCUGAACCAGUUGGUAGAGCCUGCGCGAUACGAUAACGUCGACUGGGCCGGUUUAAUGAUGCAUAAGAAGUACGGCACCGGCGACGCAGAAGUCGAUGCUAGUAUCCUGGCCGCUAAGAGUGUGGAUGCUUCAUACACUCCUUUCGCCAGCGUUAGAACUGCUGAGCUAGAGUCUGGCGUGACGGUGGAGAAUUACGCUGGCAUGUAUCUCGGCGCGGAGAAGCUAUGGGUAGGCGACGCGCUGCGCCUGCAACCGGGCACCGACAUACUCGUCCUCCACAACAUCAUGGUUCGCAGAACGACUACAAGCCAAGAACUCCAACAGCAAACCGUGCACCUAAUCGGCGACGUCUACACCAUCCAACGCGUCCAACACACCAACCCCUCAACCCCCACCUUCGCCUCCGCUCAGAACAACCCCCAACUGCCACCCCGCCUCACCGAAGACCUCGCCUUCCGCAACAACCUCUCCAUCCGCGCCAAAGGCACCGCGCACUACUGGAAACUCACCGCAAUCAACAGCCGGCACGAACUCAACGACAUCAAGGGCCGCUGGUACGAAGCCAGCCUCGCCCUGCCCAUCGUCGCACAGCCUCAGUUCGAAGAUGCCGCGCGCAAAGGCGAGAUUUCCGAGGCCACGCUCUGGAUGAAUUCGCGGGGUGACUGCAUCGGCGCUAACCGUGCUGCGCAUUUGCCUCGCCUUCCACGACAAAAUGUCUAUAGACCUACGCGAAGAGAGGCUUUCAUGCAGUCCAUACCGCCGAAUGCGGAGAUCAGAGAUGGUGUCGACCCACCUUUACCGGACAACGUGGACCCAGCGCUGGAAGGGUUGGGCGGGACGCAGGAUUCGAUGGACAUUGAUCCCCGCUUCGACACAGCGGAUGCGCAGAACAUGAGCAGUGAUGAGAUUCGCGUGUCAAGGCCGGGGGAGAUGCAGGAUCAGGUUCCGGACACGGCGGGGUUGGACGAGUUUAUGAAUCUCGAGGGGAUGGACGAGCAGGGUGGGAGCGAUUUGCCGGGGUUCGGACAGCAUUACACUCAGGAGAAUACGCAGCAGGGGUAUUAUUGA